AUGUCUUCCCCAAAGAUCAUCCUCUACACCAGCCGUCUCUGCCCUUGGGCACACCGUGCUCACAUCGCACUCAAGGAGUCAGGCCUUGACUAUGAGGAAGUCACUAUCGACCUGGGCAAGCCCCGGGAACCGUGGUACCUAGAAGUCAACCCACGCGGCCUGGUCCCCAGUAUAUCCUACAACGGCGAGAUAAUCACCGAGUCGGGCAUUGUCGCGCAGUUCAUCGCAGACGCCCACCCAUCCCACCUCCUGCCCGCAUCGGGCCCGGCCGACAACGCCCUCUACCGCGCCCGCCUCGCCUUCUUUGUGGACGCCUUCUUCAGCAAGGUCCUACCGCACUUCUUCAGCAGUAUCAAAUCAGCCACUGAAGGUGAGCGCGACGAGGCUGCCGAGCUGCUCGCUGCUGCUGUCGUUAAGGAGAUUGAACCCCUGCUGGCGGAUACCGAGGGCAAGGGUCCUUUCUUCGGGGGCAGUGACAAGCUCACUCUUGCCGAGGUCCAGUCUGGCUCGUUCUUGCUGCGUAUCCUUGGAUUCGCCAAGCCCGAACAUGGCCUUGUUAGUGCGAAGCUGCCUGAGUUGCUGUCGAAGGCUCCUAGGUUCAAGCGUUGGGCUGAUGCUACUGUUGCCCAUGACAGUGUUAACUUUAUUUGGGAUGAGAAGGUUGUCGCUGAUAAGAUGAGGGCUAAAUUUGCGCCCAAGGCUUAG